UCCCAUCUUCUUCUUCUUCUACAAUUAUAGUCACUUUCUUUGGCCGGCGUUAGUGGAAGAGCUCAAACUCUUUUAUAAAAAACCUCUCCUUCAUUUCAACCAUCUGUCUCUCUCCCUCUCUCUCCAAACACUGAACGACCAAGGAGAAGAUGAAGAAGUGCUCUCUCUUCGUCUUCUUCCUCUUUCUCGCGGCGGUGACUUCAGAUCUAGACUCCGACCGGCGAGCCUUACUCCUCCUCCGCAACAGCGUCCGCGGCCGCCCUUUACUAUGGAACACGAGCGCCUCAUCUCCCUGCGCAUGGCACGGAGUCCACUGCGAUUCGGGUCGGGUCACCGCCCUCCGAUUACCCGGAGCGGGCUUAUUCGGCUCGUUGCCUCUCGGAGGAAUCGGUAAUCUGACUCAGCUCCAAACGCUUUCUCUCCGAUUCAACUCGCUCUCCGGUCCAAUCCCCUCGGAUUUCUCCAACCUUGCUCUCCUCCGUUACUUGUAUCUCCAAGGUAACGCAUUCUCCGGCGAGAUUCCGCCGUUUCUAUUCACCCUUCCAAGCGUAAUCAGAAUCAAUCUCGGGGAGAAUCGAUUCUCGGGUCGGAUCCCGGAUAAUGUGAAUAACGCGACCCGGUUGGUUACACUCUACCUGGAGAAGAAUCAGCUCACCGGUUCGAUCCCUGAGAUUACAAUCACUCUUCAGCAAUUUAACGUCUCUUCAAAUCAGUUAAACGGGUCGGUUCCGGAUUCUCUCUCGGGUUUUCCUCAAUCCGCUUUCGACGGGAACACUCUCUGUGGAAAGCCGUUAAACCCUUGCGAAGGCGACGCCGAAAGCCCCAAUUCUCCGCCUGUUUCUCCUCCGUCGGGUCCGGCGGGGAAGAAAGAUAGCGACAAGCUAUCCGCCGGAGCCAUCGCCGGGAUCGUGAUCGGAUGCGUCGCCGGUCUGUUGCUGCUUCUCUUGAUUCUCUUCUGUCUCUGCAGGAAGAAAAAAGGAGAAGAGAACGGUCAGCCGAGAAAUGUCGAAGCUCCCGUCGCCGCCGCGACCUCCGCCGCUGUACACAAGGAAUCAUCGGCGGCUAACGUCCCUCCGGCGAAGGCGUCCGGGAGCGGCGGCGGCGCGGUGAGUAAAGACUUGACGUUUUUCGUGAAGUCUUUCGGGGAAUUCGAUUUGGAUGGGUUGUUGAAGGCUUCGGCUGAGGUUCUUGGGAAGGGGACGGUUGGGUCUUCGUAUAAGGCGAGCUUUGAGCAUGGUUUGGUGGUGGCUGUGAAACGGUUACGAGACGUUGUGGUGCCUGAGAAGGAUUUUAGAGAGAGGAUGCAGGUUUUGGGAUCGAUGAGUCAUCCUAAUCUCGUGACCCUCAUCGCUUAUUACUUCAGUCCCGACGAGAAGCUUCUUGUCUCUGAGUACAUGUCUAGAGGAAGCUUGUCUGCGUUAUUGCACGGGAACAAAGGGAAUGGGAGGGCUCCGUUGAACUGGGAAACUAGAGCCAGUAUAGCAUUGGGAGCUGCGAGAGCGAUUAGUUAUCUACAUUCGCGUGAUUCGACUACUUCUCAUGGAAACAUCAAGUCUUCGAACAUACUCUUGUCUAAUUCGUAUGAAGCUAAGGUUUCUGAUUACGGUCUAGCGCCUAUCAUUAGCUCCACGUCCGCGCCUAACCGUAUCGAUGGGUACCGUGCCCCUGAAGUUACUGAUGCUCGCAAAAUCUCUCAAAAGGCUGAUGUUUACAGCUUCGGUGUGCUAAUCCUUGAACUACUCACAGGGAAGUCUCCAACACAUCAGCAAUUGACCGAAGAAGGUGUAGAUUUACCAAGAUGGGUCCAAUCCAUCACUGAUCAACAGUCACCAUCUCAAGUGUUUGAUCCGGAGCUCGCCGGGCACCAAUCAGAGGGCAAUGAGAACAUGAUCCGGCUCUUGAAGAUUGGUAUAAGUUGUACCGCGCAGUACCCUGAUAGUCGGCCUUCCAUGGCCGAAGUCACCAGACUCAUCGAGGAGGUUUCGCAUUCAUCAGGCUCCCCAAAUCCUGUAUCUGGCUGAGUUUUUGCUGGGGGUCUUAAUUGAUUGAUUUCAAAAUUGUUUGCGGCUAAAACUGCAUUUUCUUCAAUAGUGUUUACGUCCUCCCCGCCCUUUUUUUUUCCUUUGUUUGUUGGUGUCCUACUUCGUUCGUUAAUUCUUGAGCCUCAAAUUGAGAUGAGACUGAUGAUUUUUCUUCUUCUUCUACUUUUCUUAAUUCAAUUUUUAAAAAAUGUUUAUAACAAAUAUUGAAGCUGCCAUUUUUUUGUAUAAAAUAUAUUAUUUGUUGUGUGUGAAUAAUUGAUGUGUUCUCUUGGGUUA